AAUUUAGCACUCUGUCUCCAUGUUAUGCAGGUCGCGAGGUGAUCUUCCGUUGCCGUUGGACACGUUUAACAACUCCAAGUGCGUGGACCGCACCUGGCGCUGCGAUGGCGAGAAUGACUGUGGCGACAACUCCGAUGAGGCUCCUGCGAUCCCGAGCCCAGCGGCCACUGCAUACCCAAGAGCUUCCAGUGUGACGAGGUCUCCGACUGCUUCGAUGGCAGUGAUGAGGUCGGCUGCAUGAAGCACGUGCCGUGCAGUGAAGGGACUGCUCGAGGGCGAG